AUUAUUAUAAUCUGCAAACACGUCGAUUAAAAUAACGGCACUCCAGAGUACUUAUAAACUGAGAAGCCACUUGUGCGGAUAGAAAAUAUCACAACGAUGAAUUCGAAAUGAACUACCAUUAAGCGCGAAAUAUGCAGCUUUAUCAGCCACUCAUGCGGCGACCAACAGGCCUUAUCGGCCCUCCAAGAAAGGCGCGUCCAAAGUUCCCGCCAGCCAUGAACACCCACUGCUCACUACCCAUUAGUUUGACAUUGUGCUCCGGUCAGCACGAGCGAGCGGUUGUGAACUAUUGUUAGUGCCCAAUUCGAUCGAGCUUUAAGCUGUACCUAAUAUAUCUAUACGAGUAUCCGAAGUCUUUUUUAAGCUCCUAAAGCCGGUCCUCAAAAUGAGCAGCAGCUGUCGCUGCACUCGAAAGCUGACAAUGGCCGUUAGUGGAUGUCUGAUAAUCGCGGUGAUGGCCCUCACAGUUGGGCUUUGUGUCGGGCUGGGCGGUGACAGCGACGCCACCGAGGACCAGCCUAGAUUUGCGAUCGACCACGAGGCCAACACCUUUAUGCUGGAUGGCCAACCCUUCCGAUACGUCUCUGGGUCGUUUCACUAUUUCCGAGCUGUGCCUGAGGCUUGGCGAAGUCGGCUGCGCACCAUGCGGGCAUCUGGCCUGAAUGCCCUGGAUACAUAUGUAGAGUGGUCGCUGCAUAAUCCCCAUGAUGGAGAAUACAACUGGGAAGGCAUGGCUGAUGUGGUCAAGUUUUUGGAGAUUGCUCAGGAAGAAGACUUCUAUAUCAUUCUGCGUCCAGGUCCCUACAUUUGCGCUGAGCGAGAUAAUGGAGGCCUUCCCCACUGGCUGUUUACCAAGUACCCGACCAUCAAGAUGCGCACCAACGACCCCAACUACAUUUCAGAGGUUGGCAAGUGGUACUCGGAGUUGAUGCCACGACUUCAGCAUCUGCUUGUGGGUAAUGGCGGUAGGAUCAUCAUGGUGCAGGUGGAGAACGAGUACGGGGACUAUGCCUGCGAUCACGACUACCUGAAUUGGCUGCGGGACGAAACGGAGAAGUACGUGUCUGGCAAGGCCCUGCUCUUCACAGUGGACAUUCCCAACGAAAAGAUGAGCUGCGGAAAAAUUGAGAACGUGUUUGCCACCACUGACUUUGGCAUUGAUCGCAUUCAAGAGAUAGACAAAAUCUGGGAAAUGUUGCGUGUCCUGCAACCCACUGGCCCACUGGUAAACUCCGAAUUCUAUCCGGGCUGGCUAACCCAUUGGCAGGAGCAGAACCAAAGGCGUGAUGGCCAAGAGGUGGCCAAUGCGUUAAAGACAAUCCUUAGCUAUAACGCCAGUGUCAACCUCUACAUGUUUUUCGGCGGAACUAACUUCGGAUUUACUGCCGGAGCCAACUACAAUUUGGACGGAGGCAUCGGAUAUGCGGCGGACAUAACAAGUUACGAUUAUGAUGCGGUGAUGGACGAGGCCGGAGGGGUAACAACGAAGUACGAACUUGUCAAAGCUGUAAUUGGAGAGUUCCUUCCACUGCCCGAAAUCACGUUAAGUCCAGCCAAGCGCUUGUCCUACGGAAGGGUGCAGUUGGCACCCAAGUUGGCAUUGCUCUCGGCGGAAGGACGGGCCGCUCUCGCCAGAAGUGAUCCGGUAGAGUCAAGAAAGCCCAAAACCUUUGAGGAACUAGACUUAUACUCGGGCCUCGUCCUUUACGAGACUGAGCUACCAAGUAUGGAUCUGGACCCGGCUUUAUUAAAAAUAGAUCAGAUUAACGACCGCGCACACGUAUUUGUGGACCAGGAACUAGUUGGAACCCUCUCUAGAGAGGCUCAAAUCUACUCCCUGCCUCUUAGCAAGGGAUGGGGAAGCACUCUCCAACUACUGGUGGAGAACCAAGGACGAGUAAAUUUCUACAUCUCUAACGACACUAAGGGCAUCUUUGGAGAAGUUAGUCUGCAGCUGCACAAUGGUGGAUAUCUGCCCCUAGAGAACUGGCGAAGUACUGCUUUCCCGCUCGAGCAAUCCACUAUCGAACUCUGGCGUCGUGGAAACAGCGACCACAAGGUUUUAGACUCGUUUCUGGCCAAUCAACGUAUUCUUCGCAACGGGCCAAUUCUUUACACUGGCAGUCUGACGGUGGAGGAGGUCGGCGAUACCUAUCUGAACAUGGCCGGUUGGGGCAAGGGUGUGGCCUAUGUAAACGGCUUCAACCUGGGUCGAUACUGGCCUGUGGCUGGUCCUCAGGUCACGCUGUAUGUUCCCAACGAAAUCCUCAAGGAAGGCGAAAAUUCCUUGGUUAUCCUUGAGUACCAACGAGCUAAUAAGACGGCGUCAGGCGAUGAUCUCCCCGCCGUUCAGUUUGACGCAGUUGCUCAGCUAGAUGGAGAGUCCGGAGAUGUUCCACUAUAAUGACUAUAUAUAAUCUAUUAAUUGUUAUUUGAUAUUUCUUUAUUUGAAGCAGUUUUGAUUGAUACUUGUAUCAACAACCUUUGUUAAGAUUUUUUAUACAUUUUCUAACUCUUAUCAUAUCUGUAUAUUUAUAUAUGUUUGUCUUAAUACAUAUUAGCUGAUGCUUGCUUGA